UUGACGUCGGACAAUUCGUGAAGCUUAGCUUUUGGACCAAAGAACAUAGGCUAAGCGGAUGUUUUGUUGUUCCAGUCAAAGUUUUCAGAGACACUCACACACAUACCUGAGAGGACUCUGUCAACAUGUCGUACGCUAAAGCGGACAGCUAUCGCUCCCUACCACGGGACUUCAAUUCCCUCAUACAAACAUGCAGCUCCAACAUCCAGAAGAUCACACAGAACACCGCUCAGAUAAAGAGCAUGGUGAAUCAGCUGGGGACGCGGCAGGACACUAGUGAACUGCAGGAUCGCCUGCAGCAGAUACAGCAUUAUACAAACCAACUGGCCAAGGAGACCAACAAACACCUGAAAGAUCUGGGCUCUGUCCCCCUACCUUCAUCGCCAUCAGAGCAAUUAGUUAGGGAGCUGGGAAUCAACACUGAUCCUCAUCCUCAGAGACAGCAGAAGAUUCAGAAGGACCGGCUCAUGAACGACUUCUCCGCAGCCCUCAACAACUUCCAGGCUGUGCAACGUCGCGCAGCGGAGAAGGAGAAGGAGUCUGUGGCCAGAGCCAGGGCAGGAUCCCGCCUCUCUGCUGACGAGGGUGCCAAUGAUGAACAGCUGGUGUCCUUUGAUAACCAAGAGGACUGGGGCCAGACCUCAUCCCAGGUAGAGGAGGCAGCCAUAACAGAAGAAGAUCUGGAGCUCAUCAAAGACAGAGAAACAAACAUUAGACAGCUGGAGUCGGACAUCUUGGAUGUGAACCAGAUCUUUAAAGACUUGGCUGUAAUGAUCCAUGACCAGGGAGAGAUGAUUGAUAGCAUAGAGGCAAACGUUGAAAAUGCUGAGGUUCAUGUUGAGCGAGGCGCGGAGCAGCUCCAGAGAGCAGCCUACUACCAGCAAAAGUCCCGCAAGAAGAUGUGCAUCUUGGCCAUGGUCAUGUCUGUAGUGCUGGUCAUACUGGGCAUCAUUAUAUGGCAAGCUGCCAAAUGAAGAGAAUUGGCACUCCACAACUCCUUCUUUCACAGUUUUAUUUAUUACAAUACUUUCCCCCCAACCCCCCGACCUACCGCACCUUGUUGGAGUCUCUAGUCAGAUUCUCUGAAAGAGGAGGGUUAACAAUGACACGGGCGUAGGAACAAACGAUGAGUCUAGGUAGUGUUGUGAAAUGAGACGCCCAGCUGCCCUCACACUAGCCUCCUGUAUCUCUGACCAGACACUACAUGUAUAAUCAGCAUAAAGGCAGUACGCUAGGAUGGAGUGGGGGGGAUAAAGUAAAAGCUUAUUUUGUGUCCUUUUCAUUUCUUGUGAUAAUUCUGCACUAACACUAGCAUCCAAUUUCAAAGCAAGAUCUGUUGUUAUAAUAUGGCUAUUAAGAGCAUUCUAUUAUGACGAAUUAUAUAAAAUAAUAAAUAAAUAAUGGGAAUCCUCAAGAAAAAAACAAUGUUGAUAAAGGCAAAUCAUCUCUGGGUUUUGGGGGGUAAAAAUGCGUUUUGUAAACUGUAAAUCUUUGGCAGCAUAUGGUGUAAACAGUUCAGAGUGCCACACUCCGUUUUAGGUUUAAGUCCUUGUAUUGCUCAGGUCAAAUGAGUUAUAAUGAUUACAAAACAUGGUCUUGUCAAAACGUUUUCCUGCUUAACAAACUUUCUUGAUAUAAUUAACACUGUUGCAAGAGGGACCUGCUUGCAUUAGUAUUAUGGUAUGCACCUUCUUAAUGUUUUAUGCCUUUUAAACACCAUGGCAACAAUGGGGCCUAUGUUGUGGAUGGUUGUGACUUCUUGAAAUGAUGGACAUCGAUUUAAAAGUGCUAGAUAACAGAAGUACAAACUGAUACCAUUUGUGAAGUCUGUAUAUAUUACAAAUGUUAGAUGAAACAUUGUGACUAUUUCAGGUAAGAAUUAGAGAGAUCUGUAAAAUGCAACCACAAUUGUAAAACAGUAAUUGUCUACCUGUUUUUUAUUGAUUUCUAUUACUUCUAUCAGUAUACAUAAAUAAAAUCAACAUCUUAAAAUAUU